AUGUCCAGAAAAAUGGAUGAAGUUAUGUCUCACAAAAUAUCAUCUAGCACUAACCAAAGUGCUGCUAGCUCCUGCAAACCACCACAGUCCAAAAAUUCAUUGACCCGUUCCUCUACAUGGUCGAAUAUUCGCUCUGAAAAAAAUGAACUACAGCUCGUUGAGAUGAAAUCGUCUAAGUCCAAUUUAAAGACCUUGGACCCUGCUCUAGGAAAAGAUGGAACUAUCCAAAAAACUCAGAACACACCAUUUAUAGCGUCCAAGAAA